AUGACCAGCUACUUUGCCGGCCUAUCCUUGCGGGAGAUUUACGAAAAGAAAUGUGUGGAACUGCACUGCCGCAAGAACUCUGCUAUCUGCAAUUUUUUAUCUGACGUUCCGGACGAGUAUGAAAGCUUGACCCUCAUUGACCUUUCCAAAAACUUUGUAGGCCCAAAAGGCAUCCUGCCACUCCUGGAGAUUGUCCGCUGUUGCAGGAACAUCCGUACCCUUGACUUUCGUGAACAACAGCUGGAUAAUGAGGCCACCGAUGCUAUCUGUCUCGCUCUGCGGCAACACCCAUCCGUUGUGCGAAUAAACCUUUCAGACAACCCUCUAACAAUGAAUGCAGGUGCAUCACUUCUACAUCUUGUCAAGGAUAAUCCGGUGCUUGAGUUUGUACUGCUCGAUGGGACCGGCAUCAGGAACUCUAUUAUGCAGGCAAUUCAAUCCCAACUAGAGCAAAAUAGAAGGCUAAAGGAAACGGUCGCGGAACUGGAACUGGAGUUGUUGGCCUCACUAGCUAGCAGAGGUACAAGUCAUUCCUCAGGUGGGGAGGAUCAUGGUAAAAGGUGUGCCUCACCUGUUCAAAUGAUUCGUGCAGCAGCAGCAGCAGCAGCCAAAAGCGGUUCAAAUAAACUCACCUUGGACGUGGCAAUAUCAGCAGCCAUGUAUGACGAUAAUUCUGAUCGAAAGCGAUUAAAGGACCAUGAUGUAGAAGUUGCAUUACUUUCUUUUUCGCACAAGGUUCAUGAGGUUCUCUAUGAUGAUAAUCCUAUUCCCAUCAUAGCUCAGCUUUGUGAGCGGCAACAUGCUUGGUUUUAUGACCAGCAGUUUGCUGCGGAUGAUGUAGCUGUUCAGCAUCGUGCUACCACACAGUAUUCUAUCGCUGGAUGGCGUCGUGUGGGAGACAUUUACCCCUCCGCAAGACUAUUUCCUGAUACAAAUGAAGAAAAUCGUCUGGUGCUACCAAGACACUCUCCUCUCUCCUUUUCAUGGAUUUUUGUAUGCGUGGAUGCUGCCUUUACUGACCUGGAUAGCCUCCAAAGCACCGUGUUGGGUUCCUAUUCUUUGGGGCAUGGCGUGUACGGGUUGCGGGUUCAUAUUGAUGGAGAAUGGCGAUACGUGGUUGUCGAUGAUCUUCUUCCUGUAAAUAACAAGGAUGAGCUCAUCUUUACGCACCCAGUGGACGGAAAAUACUUCUGGCCAUGCAUUCUUGAGAAAGCCCUUGCGAAGUUACAUGGUGGAUAUUCGGCUCUGAGCCUUGUUCCCUUUGACAAUGUCCGUGCGAAAUUAAACUUUGGGGCAGAACGAAACAGCCGGUUCUCAAACGUUCGGGCAGGUAGUAUUUUUGCUUUUGAAGGGAUGGGCAAUGGUAUUAAUCAUAGCAAUAAUGAACGGCAAACAAGUUGUGCCAAAACUCUGAGUGACUUGAGUGGUGGAGUUGGUAUUGUACGUUACCUAAACCUUGAACAUUUUCAGGCCGAUGAGUGGUGGCUAGCGAUGUUGGAGUUCCACAGUGCGGGGACUUUGAUGGUGGCACUAAGUGGGCCAGCAAAUAGGACACUUUCCGGCAUAGAGCCAUCACAUGCCUAUCAUAUUUUGCAGGUACGGCAAAUAAAUGGGAUGAGACUUAUUGAGCUUUCCAGUUCUUGGACAACAAUGCAAUGGAAAGGGGAUUGGUCAGAGGAAUCAGUGCAGUGGCACCGAUAUCGUGAUAUAGAUGCCGCUCUCCGAGGUAAACGAUCGUCUACAAGGGCCUUUUCUUUUUGGAUAUCAUACGUAGACUUUAUAGCUGCAUUUACUCAGGUUCACUUAUGCCAUAUUUUUCAGGGCUUUUAUCAGCGUGUUAUAAAUGAUGAAUGGGAUAGAAACAGCGCAGGUGGGUCAUGCUAUGGAAAUAAUUGGCACAUCAAUCCUCAUUAUCAGCUAAAGAUAACUCAGGAAUCUCCUUUUUUAAUUAAUCUUGCUGUUCCUGACACCCGCUUCACACCAACAGAUAUUGACUCUCUUGCUCUUCACAUUAUUAAGCAGAAACAAUACCCUGUUCGAUAUGGAAAUGGUGGCGAGAAUGCUAUUGUGGCAACAAAAUACGUAUUGACAGAUUCUUUAUCGUUUGAAGGUGUUAUGAAGGGAGGAGACGACUAUUGGGUAAUACCAAGUUCCCAUACUGGUGGAGUUAUGGGUAAGUUUAUUCUGCGUAUAUUUAGCCAGUCUGGAUUUAUUAUUUGGAAGGAAGAUCCUUCGUAUCAUUGGAAUAUACUUACCUAUACUGACACACUAGAGUGCAGUGGGGACUAUCGCACAGGGGACGAUAAUAACCAAGUUGUGCUUAGUUUUAACCCUAACACCAACACUGGGAAUUUGAGGUCUAAAACGGGGUCACUUGUUGUAAAGGCACGGGUACCUGAUGGUGAUCAAAUUGCAUUGGGCAUGUUUCUUAUGAAAACGACUUUGGUGGAUAAUAAACCCUCACGAUCUGUUGGAGUGUUACGUGAGGAGUCUAUUGUGGCGACAAGUCCGUUUGUUUUGAAUGAAGCUGUCUAUUUGGAGGCAGAGGUGCUUCCUGGGGACAUGUACACACUUGUGACAUGUGUUCAUCCAGCUGGAUCCCAAGCAAGGCUGGAAUUUACUAUAUGGAGUUCGCUCCCGUCACCGCAACUUAUGCCGUUACCUGUAUGGUCAAAGAAGAGUGUAACAGUGACGUGGCCACAGGGAAGUGGCUCAUACUACGAGGUGACACGAAAUCCGCAAGUUGAAAUUUACCCUGCAAAAAUGUUUGACACUUUUGUAAUCCGAAUGCAGAUUGUCGACUGCAGUUACAAGGAUCCCGCGAUUGUUUUUUUUGUGUUGGCCAAUGGUGGCCGUCAAGGUGAAGGUAUUAAAGGGCAAAUACCAGCCGAUCGGAUGGUGAUGCGUUCAGAGUAUGUGCGACACCACGUCGUUCAGUGUGAGCUUCUAAUAACAGAGCCGAUGGACUCCCUGCUAGUGCUGCCGUGCCUCCAACCGGCUGGUUCCUUUGGGGAAUGCACAAUUAGCGUCGCAACAGAAAGUGGUGAGUUUAUGGUACGAGUUCUCUCCACUGGCUGA